AUGGACGGGAGCAACUAUCACCCGCCGUGGUUGCCUAUCGAGGAUCUCAACCCUGACUUCGACUGGAACCUGCCAUUGGAGGGCGACGACUUGGAUCCGUGAGUCUUUUUUUUAACAUGCUAAUUGGAGGGCGACAUCUCCAGCAAAACCCAAAUGGUACCGAGUCCACCUGCAGCCGCGGAGCACGAUGUGACACAGUUUGGUGAUCUCGAGAGAUUUGCAGAGAAAAACGGGCCUCUACUAUUAGGUUCCGACUCCAGAGAAAAAGGGCCAUUGGAAACCCUUCGGAUGACAAAUCCUCGAAGCAAGGUCACCAAAGAAAGACGACCCAAACCCAGACUUCCUUGCGAUCAUCCGGGAUGCACCCAAACAUUCCCACGAAAGUAUGAGCUCGAUAGACACCGACAAAAUUUCCACCAGCGCCAUUCUAUUUGGCUUUGUCCAGUAUAUGAUUGCAGGCGUGCCGCCAAUCCACUUCCAAGAGCAGAUAAACUAUGGGAGCAUUACCGCAAGGAGCAUGGAGAUGCGGACCAAUUCCACUGUUUUUUCAAGGACUGUAGAGCCGGGCCUUUUGCUAAGGAUGAAUUGAAAGACCAUCUUAACCAGCAACAAACAGAACAAUCCCAUAGAGAAUCCUAUUUGGAAGAUAUUCUCAAGGCGCUGAAAGCUUUCGGCUGGCGUCAAACGCCUAUUGGAUAUGGCAACUACCUCAUUGAUGACAUUGAUACAUGCCCUCUUGCGUUCUUAGGGUGUGCUCACCGAGGAUCUCCGAAUGGAGGACAGAUGACUGAUCACUUAAAACCCCAUGAUUUGCGGGAGCAGUCGAGAGGUUAUUUGGCAAUUAUAAAAGCGAGCGAAUGGGGGGUUCGGGGAUGGAUCGGGAAAUCGACAUGCCCAAGUUGUGAUUGGGCCAAAGCCAAUGGUUUUUUAGAGUCCUUCUUAGAUCAUCUCCAAAACCACUCAGAUGAUAAAAUUUUAGCCAUGAUGGUGAUGCUCUCGGAGAUGUUGGCACCUUGGCUUUCUGGGAAACAAAAAACAUGGGAUUCUUGGCAGCCAUUCAUCGAGAAACCAAGGACGCAUCUCAGCGAGGACGACAAGGAGAAAAUCAGAGGUAUCAUGGAAGAUGUGACAUACAAUGACUCAGGCAGCUAG